CGUCCGUCAUUUUUGAUCUAUAGAUUUUAUUUUACAAAUCUGCAAUAAUUGCAUUGAUAGUUUAGUGCGAUUAUUUAGUGAUUUUAUUGAAAUAUAAUUAGUUGUUGUUCAAAAAUCGUCUAGUUUCCUUAGUGUCGUCGAGAGCUACUAGAAAAAACAAUGUCUGGUGAACCCGAUGUAGCACACACACCAGAGGGUGAGGAGGAGGAAAUCAAGUCCACCUACAAACCUCCCCCGGAGAAGACCAUUGAGGAGAUCCUGGCAGCAGACCAGGAGGAUGAGUCCCUGCGGAAAUAUAAGGAGGCUCUGUUGGGGCAGGCGCAGACUGGAACUGUUAUUGUUGACGCCUCGGAUUCUCGGAAGGUGAUAGUGAAGAAGCUGGCGCUGUGCGUCGCGGGCAGAGACGACGUGGAGCUGGACCUUUCUGGAGACCUUACUGAUCUCAAGAAACAGGUGUUUGUCAUCAAGGAGGGCGUGCAAUACCGGAUAAGGAUCGACUUCAUCGUACAGCGUGAGAUCGUGCACGGCCUCAAGUACGUGCAGAAGACGUAUCGGCUCGGAGUACCAGUGGACAAAAUGACCCACAUGGUCGGCUCGUACCCCCCAAAAACCGAGAUCCAAUCCUACACCACACCCCCCGAAGACGCGCCCUCCGGCAUGAUGGCGCGAGGGUCCUACACCGUCAACAGUCUGUUCACGGACGACGACAAAAACGUCCACCUUCAGUGGGAGUGGAGCUUCGAGAUCAAGAAGGACUGGAAAGACUAAGCUUGGUAAGAGACUGGAUUGAAGUGCCAUUGGGAUUGUGGUUCGAUUUUGAUUUUGAAAUGGGAUUACGGGAGAUCCGGAUUCAGCUACAAAACUAUAGAAUUAUAUAUAUUUUCUUUUUGGCCCUACCUUUACUCUAAAUGGCCAUUCUCAGGUAGGCGGGUAGACGCAAGCGUUCCCGUUAGCGUUUGGGGCGAGCGUUCCGUUCCGUUUAACUAUGUUUUGACACUUUUGACUAAUAAUCUAUUGCUCAUAGUUGAGUCCAUAAUCCGUUGUACCUUCAAGAUGGUUCUAACGACUUUUUACUACAUGAUCAUUUCCGGGUUUUGCGGUAAACCUAACAAUUACUUUGUUUAAGUACGAUGUAAAGUGGAUUGGCCAAAAAGAAAAACAAAAGAGACAUUACACAAAGUAAUAUAUAUUAUAUUAAUUUUUAACAAGCAGAAACGUCUGCGAUCGAUGCUAUUAACCAGAGGCCGUGAGUUCAAGUCUCACCCAGGGCAGUAAUUUUUCCACUUUUAAAUUUAUUCUAAGUGUAAUAUAUUGCCUAUGGUUGCGAUUUCUGUUAUCUUGAUCUGAGUAUAUCAGUGAUGUGAUACACUAUACUAAUCUAGAAGUGCCGUGUUCAUACUUGGACAAAAGCUACCAAUUGCAUGCAUGUUUAAAGAAAUGCAUUAUAAUGGUAUUUUGUCUGACAUGUGUCAUGGCAUGUUAUUUACACUAAGUUGUGUUUACUCUCCCGUUCUUCCCUAGGCCAAGAAAUUCUUCUUAGACAUAAUAUAAGUUUCCCUCAUGUUACUUUCAAAUAAAUGCCCAAUUGGAUACUUCUAACAAUCCAGUACCCGUCUCUUAGGCGGUUUUUUAAUGCGGAUUCGCACGCCGCUCCGGUGUCCGGCGCAUAGCGCUGUCACCCUCUUUAACCGGAGCGAUGUGCGAAUUGGCCAGUGGGAUAACCGCGUUAGACUUGUGUCGUUAAAGGUGGCUGACUGAUAUAUUUAAAAUUGACAAACUUAGUAUCUAAGAGUCACUAGGAUAUCCAUAUUUCAUUUAUUUUCCCGUCUAGAAAUUAAAAAUAUUAAAUUUGAUUCAGGCCUGAUUUGACCAAAUCGAAAUAAACAUAGACUUGGAAAUUUAGUCAGGUUUGGUCAAAUCAACACGUAGUAAUCCCUAUUGAAAACCAAAUAUCGUAGUAACCAAGUCCCACUGCUAGUGUUUAAGAAAGCUUUGGAUUCGCUUGUACCUUUUUGAUAGUACCUUUAUACUUUUUCAAUAAUAAUAUACAAAAAUAAAUAUAUAUAAAAUUUUCCCUGAUGUCUGUAGAUCAUACAUGAGCCUUAUUGAAACCACUACAAGUAUAUGUAAAGUUAAAAGUAGAUUUCGAAUAAGCCUACAAUAUUUUUGUACCUAUUAGAUACAUUCAAAUACUCAUAACCUAGUAUUAGGAGUAUAAAAUAUCGAUAUAUGCAAUGUAUUUACUUAUCGUUUAUUAGAAUACACUCGGCUAGUAAAUGUUAAAAGAUACCAACAUAGUGUGAUUACAAUAAAAUGUAAAAAUAAAACUAAAUCACUAUUAAUAACAAUCAAAUACCUUUUACUUUUUGCUAGCUGGGUCAUCACAGUAUGACUUUAAUUAUCGUAUAUACAAGUAUUGUAGAUUAAACAUAGUACCUAUAACAAUUUUAGUAGUCAGCACACUCGCUAGCGACACUAUGCUAACAACUAGCAUUCCUUAUAAAAAGCAUUUCAAGCCAAGCUGGUCUAUACGUGAAGGUACAGUCAGAGAAAUAAUGUCAAGACUGACGUAUGAAUGGAUAAACUAGGGAUGUGACAAAGUUAUUUUUUCGACUGUACUUGUAUGCGGCAUGAGCGUAGUCUCAAAGUUAUUUUACGGUAUUAUAUUUUAUAUAUAUAGUAUGAUUCUUCUCAAAUGACUUUUACACGACGUGGCACGCGCUUAGACACAAUGGCACACCAUGGCCGACCGCUCACAGAAAAUAAACAAAGGCUUGUGUUUAACAGAUUAGGGUUUAGGCGUAAAAAUCAUUUGAGAAAAUUCUUACUAUAACUGUGUUACUGUGUAAGCAAACAAACUGUAAACGUACAAACUGCUUAGUAGUAUAGUUGCUAAGCGAAAAAAACUUGGAUCUACUUUAAUAUACCUGCUCUUUUACCGAGUAUUGGACAACUCGAAACGAUUUUUUCAAUGAAAAAAUAAAUAGUAUCGAUGGUGCUUACACAGUUCACCAAAAAUGUAGUAUUAAACGUAUAUAAGAGCAAUGGUGCACCAAAAAAUAUUUUAGUAAUUCACAGUGCUUCUUACGCAAAUCAGUGCCAGUUAAUGUUAAUCGUGGCAAUAAUUAUGAAAGUAUUAAUGUAUGGAAAGGGGUUAAGAAUUACUAACGAAACUAGUGUAUAGAUGCAGCACUUUUGAGGCACUACGUUAUUUUUGGUCUCCUAAAACAACGUUUCUCCCUUAAUUGUCGAGUAGACGUUUCGUACAUCAAUAUACGCUAGUAUCUGUUAUUCUUAAAAGCGGGAGGUUUUCUUAAUAUUAGACCUUAAGUGUUUGCAAUAAAGUGUAUUUUAAAUUCUUAUUGGAGAGGCUGGUCACUCUGCAAUAAUUUCUCAAUCUUUCGUAGCUUGAGAUCUAUGUGACAAUAGCUCUUCUCUUCUACUUUAGGAUAUUUUCAUAUUUAAUGUUCGAGGCCCAGUUAAAAUACUGUUUUACAUGCCGUUCCUAUUACUCAGCUCAGCUUUUUUUUAAAUUUUACAUUCUAUGAUAAUAAUGUGAAUAAUAAUAAUUUUGGUCUUCCGAAAUGUUUGCUACUUACGCCUUUAUUCUGGGCCUCGAGCUAAACAAAAUACAAAAGAGGGUACUCUAUUGUGUAACAUUCUGGUCUUAAAUGUACAAUAACUUGUUCACCACUCAAAUACGUUAUUUUUUACAAUUUACUUUAAAAAAAAUAGAUAAUGAUUACCAGUGGCGUUCGUUUCAUAGUUAAACAGUAACUAAGGGCCGAUACAGACGAACUGCAACCCGACUGCAACGUCAGCGUGCUCCCUUACAAGUUGCAGUCGGGUUGCAGUCCGUCGGUACCGGCCCUUACUCAACUAAUUACAAAUAAAAUUGAAAUUGACCGGGAGUGUAAAACUGAAAUAAUUGAAACAUCAAACCCAUAUCAACAUUCUGAAGUACUUAUAGCUAACUGCCAUAUGUUUUAACUUACUGCCUACCUCAAAACGAACGCCACAGUUUGUAACAAAUUGUGCUAUUUACGGUCAAUGUGCUUCAAAGACCCAAUGCUUGAUUCCCUGUAGGAUGGACGCAAGUAUCGGCACGUUCUUAUCUGUCGGCAUACUCUGUAAUAGUGUCUUAGAAAGACCAUGACGCGAUGAGAGGCAUACCGAGAAUUAUUUCGUUCGUCUGUUUGCCUUCAUUGCUCGAAUAUGCAGUGAUAGCGAAAAAUCGAUUUUCGCGAUAGGCCCAUCAGGAUAACGUAGCGAAAUUAUCGUCCAUACCUUUUGAUAUUUUUUUUAGAUGAUUUAAAUGAAAUAUUUAGCUUCACGGAACUCUUAGACUAGACGUCGGAUCACUUACUUCUUUUUAGUAGAGAAUGUUGGGUCUAUUCUUAGUUUGUGCUAUAUUUUUUUACGAUUUUUAUUUGUUACUUUACUGUAAUAAUGGAAUAUUUCAAUAAAUGUGUAAAGUUUUAUGAAAUGUAAUAGUUUGGCCAAAAAUAAAGCUUAUUUAUUCAA